UUUUGCGCUUUGCGGUCUCUCAGAGCCAAGAUUCCCGGCUUUCCGGAAUUCCUACGCUCCCAGCCCCGUCCCCAGACCCUUGCCACCGCCGUCACCACGCUGAGUGGUGACAGUCCCGCUUUCGCCUUGUCGACCACACCAGCCCCCGCUGGUGCUUUGGGAGACCUUGCUGCUGGCAGUCAAGAAGGUUCCCUUCGCGACCCUAGCGAUUUCCACCACCCAACCUCCCCGUCUUUUUUCCAGCGCCAGCAACAGCAGCAAACCUUCCAAUCUCGCCCCGGCACUGUCACGCCCCAGCAACGCGAAGACAGAUCCCCCACACCGUCUUCACACAGGACUCUCCGUCGCACUCCGCGCUUCUCGGCUACUCCCAGUCCACGACCUUCCGAGACCCAGCGCCGACCGCACUUUGAGGCAGCCGCCGGUGGAGCUGUCCCACCGCCGAUAUUCUCUCUUCCCGGUGCUCGCAACAGCUUUGGUCAACCCGAACAGGUAUUCAGUCCCCUUCGACGACAGCUCUCCCAGGAUCUCAGUGACGACGACGAAGAGACCUCCACUGUCUUGCCGUAUCUCUACGGUCACCAGCGCCUUUCUUCCUCUACCAAGGACAAGCCGCCUCACCCCCUCCUUAGCCUCUCCAAGCAGACCCAAAGCGCCAUCCUUUGGACCCUUGAGGAAGCACUUCGCCAGCCCAAUUCGUUUUCGCCUGACUUUGUCGAAGAAAACGCUUCGAUGGCCGACCUUCUUGCUGGUAGUGGCCCUACCACCACCAAUGGCAAUGGUUUUUCAACCGGUGAUUGCACAGCUCUCAAAGACGGUGCUGUC